UCCAUUUUGUAUUGUGUUGGUUGUGUCCUUGUCGAACCGGUUGACGAGUCGGAACCCUGUGUCGUUUCUCGAUAUAUUCCAUUCUUUUCUCAACAAAAACCCGGUUUUGAAAAAUGGGAGUCACCGUGAACACGAUCAUCGGCGGAGAUGGCCAGACCUAUCCCAAAACCGGCCAAACCGUAGUUGUACACUACACAGGGACAUUGGAGAAUGGCCAAAAAUUUGAUAGUUCCAGAGAUCGAGGUGUGCCUUUCAAAUUCCGCCUAGGUAGGAAUGAAGUCAUCAAAGGCUGGGAUGAGGGAGUUGCCCAGAUGUGUGUGGGCCAAAGAGCCAAGUUAAUCUGUUCUCCUGAUUUCGCUUAUGGCUCUCGAGGACAUCCCGGAAUUAUCCCUCCUGAUUCGACAUUGAUCUUCGAUGUGGAGCUGCUUAAGGUUGAACCUUAAAAAGACGGAUCAUCACAAGGCCAAGGAGGAAUAUAACUUGUCAAAUUUUUUGAAAAUAUUUGUUUAUCGUUCAAAUAUCUUUGUGGAGUUUUUUCCUUUUCUCUUUCUAAUGUUCACCUCUUGGAUAACGAAAUCCUUUAAAUAAUAAAAAUCUUUUGACAAA